GUUCUCGACAGUUGGCCCUUCCGCUGCGGCAACGAGCUCGUCGGGGUCUCUGGUGCAGGCGAAUAAGGUAAGUUGCUAUGGCGGCCGCGGUAGCUCAACCUCAAAGCCAUGACUUCAUCGAACCGGUCAACGAUGUCAAGCUCUUCAAUCGUUGGACCUUCGAGGAUGUUGAGGUGAAUGACAUAUCCCUGGCAGAUUACAUUGGUGUGGCUCCUGCCAAGCAUGCAACCUACGUGCCUCACACUGCAGGGCGAUAUUCGGUCAAGCGUUUCAGGAAAGCACAAUGCCCUAUUGUGGAGAGGCUCACCAACUCUCUUAUGAUGCACGGACGAAACAAUGGGAAAAAGCUGAUGGCAGUGAGGAUCAUAAAGCACGCCAUGGAAAUUAUCCACUUGCUUACUGAUCAAAAUCCAAUCCAAGUUAUUGUUGAUGCUGUGAUCAACAGGGAAGAUGCUACACGAAUUGGGUCUGCUGGUGUUGUCAGACGUCAGGCAGUGGAUAUUUCUCCCCUGCGUCGUGUGAAUCAGGCUAUCUAUCUCCUUACUACAGGUGCUCGUGAGUCUGCAUUUAGGAAUAUCAAGACAAUCGCAGAAUGUCUGGCUGAUGAGCUUAUCAAUGCUGCAAAGGGAUCAUCAAACAGCUAUGCCAUUAAGAAGAAGGACGAGAUUGAGAGAGUUGCCAAGGCUAACCGUUGAGGAAUGGAAGAGAGGCUCAUGGACAGAAGUUUUGCUCCUGAGUUUGUUUUGUUUCUGACCUCCUGUGGCUUUUUUUACUGCUGGACCUUAAUUAAAGAUAUGAUUGCGAGCUUGUUUCAUUUCUUGAAUAUUGAAUAGCUUUGAUUUUAUAAGAUAGAUGUUAUUUCUCGAAAAAGACCCUCUAAUAUUCUGCCAAAAAAAGAGAGACUAUCAUGAGCUGUAGAGUACUAUGAUUCAAUCUGGGUGCUCAUCAAUCAAAUUAGUUGGAAUGAUCUAAA